UUGUUAAAGGGAGGGGGCUAUCGUAUUUGUGUGAUAUGAUAUGACCCGUUUUGGAGAGAAGCUCCGUUUGCGUUGGUUGCUACCGAAACCGACCCGUUUUCUCGCUCUUCUUUCUCUCUCUACUCUUCAUCAUCUCUGCAAGUCCCUCGCUCGCUUCCUACUCUCCCAAACCCUACCCUUCCUCGCAAUGGACACCCUCUUCUCCGACUACAUCUCCGACGACUUCGAUUCCUCCUCCUCCCGCCCCCACCGCCGCUUCCUCCAGGACGACGAACGCGAUUUCGGCCACGACCGGGUCUACCUCCUCCCCCACAGGUGGUGGUCGGAAGCGGAAGGUGAACGUGGUGGAGAGGGCGUUUUGUAUACGGUGGCGUGCAAUUCCGAUUCCGACUCCGAGAUUUUGCUUCAUCUGAGGAAGGAAGAGGACCGCCACAAAAUUAGGUUUUCUUCCCGUCAGUAUGCGUUGGUUCCCGAGGGAAUUUGGUUGCGUGCUCUCAAACGGUAUAAUGACUUUAAUAAUGCAGUGAAAGAUUUUGGAAGCCUCUCCUAUGCGGAGGACUCUUUGCUGGAUUUGUUCCCCUUGCAAGUUAAGAUAUUUGUUUCAUGGGAAACCAGUUCCCUGGUAGCAAAGAUAAGCCAAAAGGAAAAUGCAGCUGAAUUCUAUGAGAAGGCUUGUGACAUUUUCAAUUCUGCAUAUGAAUCUGUGCAUAUUUGGGACUUUUCAGGGCAGACAACCCAGUUCUUCUUGAAUGACAAAGGUAGGUUGCCAAACGAUUCUACUGGUCAACCUGUAAAAGAGGUUGUUCUGGAGUUACAAGUUCAUGGACUUCCAGAUUCUAUGAGCAGUAAUGGGAGCAAUGAGAUGAUUUUAGAUAGGUCUCAGACGGAAUGUUCUCAUAGUGGCUCUGUUAUAAUGAAUGGAAGCCCUGACAAUGUGAUCCCCUAUGUAACAGAGACCAACUAUUUUCGAGGCAGUAGCUAUAAAGCAAUUCGAUCUUUGGGUUUGACAGGAUUACAAAAUCUUGGAAAUACAUGUUUUAUGAAUAGUGCCAUUCAGUGUUUGGCUCACACCCCAAAGCUUGUUGAUUUCUUCCUUGGAGAUUACCGUAAAGAGAUAAAUUGUGAAAAUCCGUUGGGAAUGAAUGGAGAACUUGCUCUAGCUUUUGGAGACUUACUUAGAAAGCUGUGGGUUCCUGGAGCAAUGCCCAUUGCACCAAGAACGUUCAAGAUGAAACUGGCUAAUUUUGCUCCUCAGUUUAGUGGUUAUGGCCAGCAUGACUCCCAAGAACUUCUUGCUUUUUUGUUGGAUGGAUUGCAUGAAGACCUUAAUCGUGUAAAACGCAAGCCAUAUCAUGAAGUUAAGGAUGCAGAUGGUCGUCCAGAUGAAGAAGUGGCAGAAGAGUAUUGGCGAAAUCACCUUGCUCGCAAUGACUCCAUAAUAGUUGAUCUGUGCCAAGGUCAAUUUCGGUCGACAUUGGUUUGCCCUAUUUGCAAGAAGGUUUCUAUCACAUUUGACCCUUUUAUGUAUCUAUCUCUGCCUUUACCUUCUACUACAAUACGGACCAUGACUUUGACAGUCGUAAGUACUGAUGGGAUUACAUUGCCUUCUACAAUUACGGUAACAGUGCCUGAACGUGGAACACUUAAGGAUCUUAUUGGGGCCUUAAUUGCUUUUUGUUCCCUGAGAGAUGAUGAAACCCUCUUGGUGGCUGAGAUAUACAAGAAUAAAAUUUUUCGAGUAUACGAGGAUCCAUCUGAUUUGUUAAGUGAUAUUAGAGAUCAAGACAAAAUUGUUGCUUACCGAAUGCAGAAGUAUAAUGAAGCUAGUCUCUUGGUUGUUUUUGUGCAAGAACGUUUGGUGGAAAAUACUGGGAAGGAGAUGUUUGAAAACAAGUUGUUUGGUUUCCCCCUGGUAACAAGGGUGUCCGGUAUUUCUUCUGGAUAUGAUGUUCAAAGGGAGUUUCUGAAGUUAAUGAAGCCAUUUUUGAUGCAAGCUGAAGAUAUAUUAGAUGAGUAUGAUAAGGAUGAUGGUGUUAAUAAAAGGCUAAGUGAAGAUGAUGAAUUGGGUGAUACUACUAACUCUGCAGCAAUAGCAAGUGAUGCAGACUCAAACAGUGGAACAGAGGAUGACAUACAUUGGUCAACUGACAUUGAAUUCUACUUGCAAGGAAUAGAGAAUAUCAAGAUAAUAUUGAACAAACCAUUACCAGUCACAAUGUUUCCCAGAAAGCUGGAGAUAGUUGUCUUGUGGUCAGAUAAGAUGCUUAAAAUGUAUGAUACGUACCUGCUUGACUCAUUGCCUGAGGUUUUCAAGCCCCAGCUAUUUGCCACCAAGAGAAUGCAAGAAUCAGUUUCUAUUUACAAAUGCCUUGAAGCCUUCUUGAAAGAGGAACCUCUUGGGCCAGAAGAUAUGUGGUACUGUCCUACCUGCAAAAAACCUCAGCAAGCAACUAAAAAACUAGAUCUUUGGAGAUUGCCUGAAAUCCUCGUUGUUCAUUUAAAGAGGUUCUCAUACAACCGAUACUUCAAGAACAAGCUGGAAACAUUUGUCGAUUUCCCAAUUAAUGAUCUGGACUUAUCAACAUAUGUAGUCCAUGGGAAUAGUCAGUCUUCCAACCUCUAUGUGUUGUAUGCAAUUAGUUGUCAUUAUGGAGGGUUAGGAGGAGGUCACUAUACAGCAUUUGUCCGUUAUGGCUAUGAUAAAUGGUAUGAUUUUGACGACAGCAGGGUCGAUUCUGUUAGUGAGGACAUGAUAAAGACUCCUGCUGCCUAUGUACUAUUCUACAGGAAAGUUUAGAUGAAAAUUUUAGAUGCAAUUGUGUAAUUAGUCAUAGCAAGAUGGAAUGCAUGAGGCUUUUCAGACCUUUUGCCUAUACGGUUGGCUGACUUCCUCAGAAUUCCUGCGUAAGCGAUACUGGUUGGGUCGGGUUUUACCGAGACAAAUGAAGAGAAAUGCAAAGAAUAUAAUAUUGUACAGCUUUUAGAAGCUACAGGUAAAAGGGGGUAGCACUUAAAUUUUUAAACCCGGAGGAUAGAUUAUUUUACACAUGUGCGUCAUGUACAUAUCCUGAAAAUAUUUAACCAAUUUUUUGGAAGCAGAUGUAGCUUGGGUUCUUUUAAAACCUAGAUUAUAUUAUGGAGAAUUAUACAUUUUUGUCUUCUUGGCUCAUCUCAUGCUUGGUGUUCUUCGGUUAGGCCAAAUUUUCUGAUGCUCUUUCAAGUUGUACGUUUGACUUGUUCAGUUAAUUCUAUAUAUUUCCCAUC